UGGCACGCACCAUAGAUGGAGUCCAGAAUCUGGCAAUAGGCACCACCAGUGCCGCAUUGCUCGAUCUUGGUAUAGUUCAGUUGAAGAAGUUCAUUAAGCCAAGCUAGUAGGUCUGAACGAGAAACGGCAGUCAUGUUUGCGGAUCAACGGCCAGAUCUCAGGCUCAGAAUGAAUGAGGAGUUGUGAUACGAAGACUGUUGAAGCAGACGACUGUUUUGUCCAAAGAACUAGGCGCCACUUUCAAAACUUAAACCCUGAUCCCCGCGUAUAGUGGCACGAAACGUCAUCAAACCUGCGGUUUUUCAUCGAGCAAACAUAUUGCAGCGACUGACUGCUGUCCGAGUAGGCCAGAUUGACCAUCACUGGACGUGAAUGACGACGGGUGGUGCAUGCUCUUGCUUUUCGUGGAGCCAACAACGUCUCUUCUUGCCUCGAGGACAAAAAUACUGAUUUCAUUCAAAGAAUUCAUGGCCUCCAUCUCUAGCAACGCCUUGCCAACUCAGGUCUGCAGGCGAAUCGUGCAAUGGACCAGGCGCAGUGGCCAAGCAGUCCUAUGUCUCACCUGUGAAGCCUUGCAGCAAGAAGCAGAAGUUACAAUGUACGAAAUCAUUAUGUCGGGCAACAUCCAGAUCACGUUUCGCGUCUCCCAAACCGUCCUUUCUAGAUUCCGUCUCGGCUUCUGUAUUUUCUCUUUCUCUAUCUUUCAGGACGGCGGGAGUUGCCAAAGAGUGCUAACAGGGGACCUUUGCAGCGUCAUACAGCUGGUCCUGUCCAAGAUGGCGCUUUACAGUGUCUCGUCAUUCACGACCCCACCCACAGUAAUGGUUGGGUAUUGGGUGGUGUAUCCCACAUUCCCUUCCAAUUCCAGGAAGCCCGGCUCUUCUUUUACUCAGAUUCUAACCUUGUCAGGUUUUUGGAAAGCCAAAUUCGAGGUUGGAAGUCUCCCUGAGCUAUAAAUAUUCCAUUGAAUACUCAUUGCUGCAGAAUAUAACACAUCAUGUCAGAAAAUUCUGACUCCCCCUUCCAAUGCUGCCAAAUUGGGACAUUCUUUGGACCCCUUGCCACUGAGUUGGCUGCAUAUUCCAAAUGCAAGGCAAUUGGGGGGGUCAUGGUGCUCGGCACACCAGCUGCUUACAUGUGACUUGGAAUGUUUCAGUUGUGUUGUGAGGCUGUUUCAAGGGCUUGUACAGUGCUUAGUAAUAUA